UGGCCACUGUGGGUGCUGAUUUUGAUCUAAGAACACUGAGGGCGGUGAGAGUACUGCGGCCCCUCAAACUUGUCUCUGGCAUUCCAAGUCUGCAGGUGGUAUUGAAGUCCAUUAUGAAAGCCAUGGUACCUCUGCUGCAGAUUGGCCUGCUGCUCUUCUUCGCCAUCCUCAUGUUCGCCAUCAUCGGCCUCGACUUCUACAUGGGCAAGUUCCAUCGCACCUGUUUCAGGAUAGACACAGGCGAGCAGGCAGCAGAUUUCCCCUGUGGCCUGGAGGCUCCGGCCAGGACCUGUGAUAAUGGCACCACCUGUAAGGAGUACUGGAUCGGACCCAGCUUUGGCAUCACCAACUUUGACAAUAUCCUCUUUGCUGUUCUCACCGUUUUCCAGUGCAUCACUAUGGAGGGAUGGGUGGACAUCCUCUACAACGUGAGUCCACUUUAGGGAAACACAUCUGGCCCUUACGCUGUUUUUGACGCACUAUGUCUGUUAGGUGGUAGCAGAUGGAUGGGGUUUACUGCGUUGUUGAGUUGUGGAGGGAUGUACUGUUGCCUGGUUUCAGAAUCUCUGAAUCAUCGCCCACAGCUCAUAUUUGUCAGAGAUUCAAAUAGGUUAGUGUUGUGGUCACUGACUGCAGUUUUCCCUGGUUGCAGAAAUGCUUGUCCAGUCAGAGCUUUGUGGGCGGGAUUGUGAAUGGGGACACCGUGUAUAUAACUACAUAGCUAGUACGCUAGCUACAUUAAUUAUUUUAUAGGUUGAGUUGCAUCUUCUCCUUUUUAUAUGUAAAACUGGAUCUGUGCAAGACAGUGAACCCGCAUUACUCCCGAUAGUCA